CUGUCUUAUUUCCAGUUAUCGGUCUUCUCUCUUUCUCACUCCAUCAAUGAACCUUCAAAUGCAACAUAACUACAAGGAAACGAAGUUGCCGAAAGAACCUAUCAUCUUCGGCGCGCCAAUCUGAGACUCUCACAUCCUUCUUAACUUCUCUUAUCACCACAACCAUUCUUCGCCGGAGACUGUCAUGAUAUGACGACCUUCAAGGUAUAACCCAUAUUGAAUCGUACGGUACGCCUAAUAUGGGAUGUACAUCUUCUGUCGAGCGGCCUGACGGCGACAUGCAGCCCCGCCGAAUGCUCGAGGUCGACGAGCUCUGGAAUACUUCAGGCCAACCGCCAUUUGUAGCGAGGCCACCACCUGAAAUGAACAGCGGCCCCCAAGUUGGGCGUUUGACUUCCAAUACACACAUCCGAAAUCCAGGCGAAGGUUCUAACUUUCUCAACCAAAAUAUUUCUCUUUUACCAAACCAGGCACCUACAGCAGGAAUCCAGCACUCGCCCGGGACAUCCUUUCCUCAGGCCAACCAACAAUAUCAGGAUCCUUGGGAAGCAAGAGCCGAAACCUUUUAUAGAUUUGAGCACUUCCACAACCUCGAUACUCGGCGACACGGGCUUGAUCAGAUACCACAACUUCAAAGAGAGAUAGAUCUAAGAGCCAUGAUGAACGCGGGCAAGAAGACGACCACUAUAACCAAAGCCUGCAGUGUCUGCCUUGACCGGUUCUCGGGGCAGGACUCGGUGGGGACAAACUUCCCAUACAGCUGUGAGAGGUUCUGUGGGCAGGUUAUUUGCAUCACAUGUCUAAAAGAUUGGUUCAUCGACGCUUGCAAAAAUGAAUCAAAAAUGCCUCCACGCUGCUGUUGUACGGUGCCUCUUUCAGCUGUGUCUCAUUUGUUGGCCAAGGAUCAGGUUGAUCUCUACAAAGCAAAGUUUGAGGAAUGGCGAACUCCAGACCGCUUUUAUUGUCCCGUCCCAACCUGCUCGACGUUUAUUCCGCCCAGAUUAAUAAAGGAAGCAUCUCGGCAAAAUCAAAUAAAGCAAACUUCGUCGGAAUAUUUGACGCCACAACCCCAGAAUGAGAACCUCAACCUUGGAAACGAGCAAAUCCCAUCACUAUCUUCCUUCCACGAGCAAUAUUUCUCCAAGAAGGAUGUCGACGUUAAAUGUACCGCUUCUGUCUCACCCAUCUCAACCGCACUUUCUACCACCACGUGCCCAAAAUGCUCCGUCUCGAUCUGCACACGUUGUCGCCUAGUCCAGCAUCCGGACGCUCCAUGCCCUCAAACAGACCUCGACCCACUUCUCGCUGCUCAGCUUGACAAAUGGAAAAUCAAGCGGUGUCCCAAAUGCCGUGCUGGUGUGAGGAGAAUGUUCGGCUGUGCUCACAUCGAAUGCCGAUGUGGAGCACACUUCUGUUUCGCCUGCCUCGAGCCCAUUAAGAAGUGCGACGGACAAUGCGAAGACGACGAUUUCGACGAUGACGACAAUAUGUCCGAAGAUGACUUGGAUUCAGAAGACAUUGACGCCCACAUGGCUGUGAAUGGCACUGAAUUGGACCUCGGCGUUGAGCCAUACAAUCCAACCGUCGACACUUGGAGCUGCAAUCACAGCUUCAAGCCAAUUUACAAAUUCAAUGGGUACCUUUCAAAUGGAAGGAUUCUGAACCCCAAAAAUGAAAAUGACAGCUCCCUGGACUGCCAGGUCUGCUGGAAGGUGCUCUCCCCGCACUUGCCGCCAAUCAACACCCGGAACCUGGGUUAUAACAUUGAACACCUAACACCCCCGACCGGUUUAUCCACCAAGCCAGGCUGGGUGCCUACGACUGUGGAUGGCGAACCGGCGUGGAUGUGCAUGGGUAAGCACUUACUCUGCUACGGCUGUCCACAAGAUACGAUGCUAGACGAGAAAACAAGCAAGUACCGUUGCGAGUGCAGCGCUUUCUGUUUGAAGUGCGCGAAGGUCGUUGAAGGAGACAAUAUGCAGUUCGCCGAGGGGGGUGAGAAGAAGGAUACCGACUUGGCGUACGAUUGUGACUGCGGGAUGAUUGUCUGUGGGGGGUGCAAAGUUAAGCUGGACGAUGAGAUGGAUGGGUCUUGAUUGCUAUGAAGUUACCUGUGCCUGUCAUCAUUUGACGGGCGGUGGUAACAGCAGUUUUCCAUGACAGGGCGAAGGUGGCUUAUUUUAUGCGUUGGCUGAAUGCCAGGUUUCCCUAGGCUUCGAAAAGAUUUCAAAAUUGCGGCAUAUCUGGGGGUGGCUUUUGAGGAUAGGAGUUUUAUCUGGGCUGGCUGAAUUUUGUAGAGUAAUUAUAGGUCGACGCCGGUGAUUUGAUGGCUGCAGAUUUGCACUGUUUAACAGACAGG